AUGGAUUUUGACUUAUCUAAGAUCAACCCUCCUUCCGCAGAUACUCCUGUAUAUAAGGAUGAUUGCAUGUUUUCCUUUGAUACGGCUUUCGAUGAUGAAGGUCUCGAUAUUUGUAUGACGUGCUACCAAGCGUUUUCGCGAUCCAAGUUUGACUACACAUCUCAGCAUUCCAUGUUGUACGACCAUCACUUGUUUCUUAAUUAUCGAAAGGUGGUGAAGCAGAGGGACAUCCAGAAACAGCAUCAGCAUCAACCGCUUAAAAUGCUGAAACUCGAGGUUAAAGAAGAGACAGAAGAUGACUUGUUUGAGACUAAGGCUUCUGUAUAUGAUGCGUCGAUCGACGCUACAUUUCCGCUAUCCACUAAGGGACUUCCUGAGAAGUUGGUGAUCACAGCAAAAGCCAUUAUCAGGGCCACAUCAUCCGAGAAGAAGCAGGAGAUUAAGGCCUGGCAACAGGAGAUCCAACCAUGUCGUCAUUCCCAAAAAAUUGAACAGAUCGAACGGUCUAAGCACGCAUCCUUACAUCAGUGCGAUGACUGUGAACUUGAUGAGAACCUAUGGAUCUGCCUCGAGUGUGGCAACAUUGGAUGUGGAAGAUCGCAAUUUGGAGGCGUUCCGGGCAACUCUCAUGCUGUGGCUCAUAGGAAGGAUCACCCGGACCAUCAUGUUGCCGUGAAACUUGGGUCGUUGUCUACGGAGUCUGCCGACUGCUACUGCUACACGUGCGACGACGAGGUUAAGGUGCCAUUACUAGCGGUAUAUUUGAAGACUUACGGUAUAGAUUUAUCACAUUUUAUAAAGACAGAGAAGAAUUUGACGGAGCUUCAGAUCGAGCAGAACGUUAAAUGGGAUUUCAGCAUGGAUUCGGUGAGUGGUGAGUCGCUUAUUCCGGUUUUUGGAUCCGGUUUGACCGGAUUCAAGAACUUAGGAAACUCGUGUUACUUGGCGUCAAUUUUGCAGGUCAUAUACAGCAUUCCUUCCUUCAUGAAUGCAUAUUUUAGUCCUGAUGAAGGCAUGCCAAUGGAGAAAAUCGUAGGAAAUACAGAUCCGGCAUCGGAUUUGGAGACUCAAAUGUAUAAACUUGGUGAUGGUCUACUUUCUGGACGGUAUUCUGUUCCUGAUUCAUUCACUACUGAGAAAAUCAAGUACCAGAGAGGUAUAAGACCUUCGGGAUUUAAAUCCUUGAUAGGAAAAGGACAUCCAGAAUUCAGCACCAUGCUUCAGCAGGAUGCGUUUGAAUUCUGGCUUUACUUAGUGAGUGAAUUGGACAAGCAACAUAUCAUUGGCAGCGGUUCGGAGGUUCCAACUGAGGUUUUCAAGUGUGUUCUAGAAAACAAACUCAAAUGCACCCAUUGUGGAGGAAUCAGCUUGACCAAAGAGGUGUGCGAUAGUGUCUCUGUGCCCGUGGAAGAACAUUUGAUCUCUACUGAUGAUGAUGGAACCAGAAAGUAUGCCUUUACUACAAUGGAAAAGUGCUUCAACGGGUGGCAUCAGGCUGAAACUAUUGACUAUCAAUGUAAGCAGUGCCAGGGUCAGAAACAGGGUGCAUUGAAAAGUCAGGGAUUCAAGACGUAUCCUGAAUAUUUGGUUGUGAAUCCUCAGCGCAUAAAAUUAGAAAACUGGGUUCCUAUGAAGCUCAUGGUGCCUAUUAAGUUCAACGAAUCGCUUGACUUGAAUUCAUUCAAAAGUGAGGGCAAAAAGGAUGACGAGGUGGAACUUCCAAAGGGUGAAGAAGAUGACACAACCUUCCAGUUUAAUGCAAAUGCUCUGGAGGCUUUAAUAUCCAUGGGAUUUCCUGAAAAUAGAUGUAAAAGAGCACUAUAUACUACGGGAAACAGGGAUGCAGAAACCGCUUCCAAUUGGUUGUUCGAACACAUGGAUGAUUCGGGUAUUGAUGAACCAUUUAAGGUGGCUGCUAAUCAACCAGAUUCCUGUAAAGUGAGUCUGAAAGAUGUGGAAACGUUGACAUCGAUGGGCUUUGGGGCCAAAUUGGCCAAAAAAGCUUUGAUUGUGAACGAAGGGAACGUCCAACAGUCUGUGGAAUGGUUGUUUGCCAAUCCUGACGACGAUGGAAAUAUUCCUAAGCAGCCCGUCAAAUAUGACCCGGCGCAUAAAGUGAAGGAGUUAGAACAUAUGAUCUCCAACUCCAGUAAAUACCAGCUUUUGGGUGUGGUGUGCCAUAAAGGUACAUCAAUCCAUUCGGGCCAUUACGUGGCUUUUGUCAAAAAACAGGUGGAAGGUGAAGAGAGAUGGGUUCUUUUCAACGACGAAAAGGUGGUAUUGGCCGGUGAAGAGAGCCUCAAAGAGAUCGAAGUUUCUGGAUACCUCUACGUUUAUAAGAGGAAGUAA